AUAGAGUUUUUCUUAUGGAUCCGGUAAACCGUGUGGUCGAUAAACUGUUGCAAAUGAAUGGACUUUUUUGCAGUUAGAGUCAGUGCGCGUGAAAAGUAGAAACAGCACUUUGGAUACUGUGAACAAUAGGCAUUUUCUGCCCCUUAUAAGUUAUAUCGUUUGUUCCCAGACGGGAGCUUCGGCAUCCGUCAAAAUGUCUUCGGAGUUCGACAAGUUCCAAGAGUGCCUGAAGGCGUCAUUUUGGAAAAAUGUCAAAAAUAAUCGUGCAGAGCGCAAAGCAAACGGCACUGCACUAAAGGUUGAAUCAAAAUCCGAACAGAAUGCAUCCGAACCAGUGACGAAAGUGAUACAGCCACUGCCCGAACCUCAGCAGAAAGCACCCCCUCCUGUGGUGCCUGAACCCGUUGUUUAUAACAAAAAAAUCGAUGCCCACAUCGAUGCGUCGCUGGAGGAACUUCUCGCGAAAGAUCCGAAAUGUGAAGAAUAUGAUGACUAUGUUCCUCCCCGAGCCCCCAAAACGCCACCCAUGAAUGAUUACGAUGACAUUGUCCAUCGACCACAGACGCCAAUGGAACUGCCGGAUACAGAUGGUGUUGACAUUCUCGAUUCUCCGGAUUGCUCCGGGCGCAGGGUGGCUCAUCCGAAAGAAACAAAAGCGGAUGAAAUACUUCUAGAGAAAUUGUGGCAGUACUUCGGCCAUCGUGAUUUUAAAAGUCAACUUCAGAAGGAAGCUAUCGAAACAAUCAUUGCAAGAACGCGUGAUGUGUACGUUUCGAUGCCUACGGGAGCAGGAAAAUCGCUUUGCUUUCAACUGCCCGGCGUUAUGCAAGAUAACAAAGUAACAAUAGUAUUCUCCCCGCUACUAGCGUUGAUCAAAGAUCAACUAGACACUUUGGCUCGAAAUAAAAUCCCCGCAGAUUCGAUCAAUUCGAAAAUGAGUGCUCGAGACCGUGAGCGAGUUUUGAACGAUCUGAAGAGUGUAAAAACAGACAUACGCUUUCUGUACAUCACCCCCGAGCAGGCUAAUACUGCAACGUUCAAAGAAAUUAUGAGCCAGUUGGUCAAAUUUCGCAAAGUUGCCUAUGUAGUAGUAGACGAAGCGCACUGCGUCAGUGAAUGGGGACACGAUUUCCGUCCGGACUAUUUGAAGCUGGGUAACCUGCGAACUGAGUACCCUUCCAUACCAUGGAUAGCUUUGACAGCAACGGCUUCGAAGCAAGUUGUCGAAGACAUUUUGAAAAAUCUCCGGUUGAAAGCACCUGUGGCAAUGUUCAAAACCCACUGCUUCCGACACAAUCUAUACUACGACGUUGUAUUUAAAAACUCUAUCCAGGACGACUACCUGCAUUUGAAAGAAUACAUCGAAGGUAUUCUGGGAAAACAGGACGAAGUGAAGCCGAGCAAGCGGGCGUGUGGCAUUAUUUACUGCCGCACACGGGAGAAUACCGAGCGUGUGGCCGCUAGCUUGACAAAGCUAGGCCUUCGUACGGUGCCGUACCAUGCUGGGCUGAAGCAGUCGGAAAGAGAGCAAGUGCAGGAGGAUUGGAUGGAGGGCAAGUACGUUGCCAUAGCGGCCACUAUCAGCUUCGGCAUGGGAGUGGAUAAAGGCUCGGUGCGAUUUGUCGUACAUUGGGACAACCCGCAGAACGUGGCCGCCUUCUACCAGGAAUCGGGUCGAGCUGGUCGCGAUGGAAAGAAAUCCUACUGCCGCAUUUACCACUGCCGAGAGCAGUGUAAAUCCAUCGAAUUCCUUCUUCGCCAGGAUUUGCAGAAGAGCCAAGAUACGCACAAAGAAGAGGCUGUCAAGCAGGCUGUGAAAAACUUUGAAAAGAUGGUGGAAUUUUGUGAAACUGCUCGCUGCCGGCACCGGUUGUUCUCGGACUAUUUUGGAGAUGACCCGCCAGACUGUCGCAACAUGUGCGACGUGUGCACGAAUACAAAAAAGGUUGAAAAAGCGAUAGAAAUGUUCCAGCAGCUCGCUUACACUGGGAAACUCAAAACCAUGACCGUUUAUGAUGAGGAUCCGUCGGAUUUGUACGGUGGUGGCCGCAAAGGUGCAGAUAACGAGUAUUAUGAUGGAAGCAGCAACAGCUACAGUGAAGGACGUGACAAGCGCAAACAGAGUGAAUCCGCUUUACUGAUCCAAAAGCAAUUCGCGCUACGCAAAGCAGCGGGUGCAAAGGAAAUGAGUAUGCAUCGUUCCGCCACAAUUGGGCGUGUAAAAUUUGCCAUGCAGACUCCCGUGAAAGUAAGUGGUUUGACGAUUGCGACUCGCGAAACCAACGUUACCACCCUGGCCGAUUUGAUGAAGAAAAAUGUGGAAAACUGCAAGGGUAUCGAAGAUCCCGACUAUAGCCUGGUGUACAAGGACUUCGAGGACAUCGCCGUCGAGAUGGAGUAUGAGGCAUUCACCAAGAAUACAGUGAAAAGUCUGUACCAUCGAGCGAUUGUUAAGCAGGACAUAUGGCCUCCUAGUACAAUCAAAUAUACUUAUUUACCGCCAUUUCACCUAUCAGUUCAGAAAGUUUCAAUCAAGGUAUCCGCUAUAAAAUCGGCCAUGGCCGACAAAAUGCUUCUUCCUCGCCUGAAGGAGCACUGUCCAAAGCACCGUGCCGCCAUGGGCGGCGAUUAUCGGACGAUCGAGGGUGAUCUAAAGCGCAAGUAUGGCGACAAUGUCGUGCAAGAACUUCGCUCGGACGGCCAUGACAAGAAGUAUGAUUCCCAUCAUCACCACCAUCAUCACCGGAGCGAACGGAAUGGCGAUCGUAAGCGAUCCUCGAAGCUGCAGACAAAACCCAGCUCCUCGCGGGACCGUGACGGCCUCAGUCAGUCAUCGAUCAGUUCAUACUUUAGCGCCAAAAAUAGUACCUGCUCGUCGGCCACGGCGUUGGCAAGUGGCUCCGGAUCCGGCCUGAUGACGAUCGACGAUGGUGACAUGUGGGACGCUGAUCCAAAGAAAGAUGGCAGACGUUCUAGCAACGAACUGGCGCCACCGGGACAGGUUCCCGCGCCAUCAGCGAUCGGAGGCCCAAUACCACGAUCACCUCCAACCUCUCCGAUUUCGCCAAGAUCACCGCGUUCUCCCCGUUCACCUAGAUCGCCGCGAUCGCCACCAUCACCACCGCGAUCUCCACGAUCUCCCCGCUCGCCACCAUCACCCCGAUCCCCUCGAUCGCCUCGAUCCCCGUCGGUGGAGUAUGUGUCGAACGAAGCGUACCAAGACCCGCCGUCACAGACGCGUCGUUUGAGCGAACACAGCGAUCAUCGCCGUCGAUCUACGUCCGGUUCGCGGACGGCUUCGAAGGACCGCGUCUACAGGGAACGAUCCCGGUCCGGGUCUCGGGGAUAUUCAAGUGAGCGAUCGCGAACCAAGCAAAAGAAUUCCUACAAACGGUCGCGUGAAAGCAGCCGAUCGUACUCACGAGAACGUUCCUACUCCUACCGCUCCGGUAGUUCUCGCUCGCGAGACUGGGAAGAAGAUGAGGUCGCACGAAGACGGAGGCGGCAAUACGAAGAAGAGGAGUACGAUCGGGAGUACGAUCGCGGCCUAACCAAAAAGCAGCGUAGCUACGAGGAGGAGCACGAGGCGAACAAUAGUACGAAGCACAACCAUCACCACCAAACUGUCCGACGCCCGCCAUCGCCGUCGCCUGAGGAAGAGUUCGCCAGCUACGUGGCCCCGAAAAAACGAGUAUCGCAUUACGUCGAGAGCGGUUCCGCUUCAGCAGGCGGGAGCUACGGUAUCGGGGCAACUUACGUUUCGGGAGGCGGAUCGUCGUCCGGAUACAACAGUUAUGGGCCACAGAAGGCCACUGGCAGUGGCAGUUCUUCGCAGAUGCUCAACAACGAGGAUAUGUGGGAUGACGAUCCCGAACCAACUCCGGCCAGCAGCAACCGGGUAAAGGAUAAUCAUCCGCCUCCACCAGCAUCUCCGCCGCCGAUGUCGCCCUCUCCGGAACCGGAACACCAGUACUUGCAUGCAAACUACGUACCUCCAUCGCCGCCGCCGCUUCAUUCAUCCUCUCCCGCAUCUCCACCACUACAGACUUCCAUGCAUCACGAAAAGCACACUCAGAAGCAGCGCGCGUACGAUCACCGUUCACCGUACGAUGGAGCCGCCGUCGAUCCGCGUUUAGCUGGUAUUCCUAAAAAUUCUCCGUCUUCCGGGGGCGGUGUACCGGUAUCAUCUGCAUCCGCAGGCAUUCCAAUGGGCGGAUACACUGGAAUGACGGGAGCUAACUUAAGCACUUCCAGCGGCAUAAUUUUGCAGAGCGGAGCUCUACUGAAACAAUCCGCUGUCCUAAACACAGCUGCUAGUGUGAGUGUUAACGUAAACAACAAUGUCACGGCGGCUGCCAACCAACAGCAGCACGUAACUCAUUCUUCGGCCAGUCUCACACCUGGAGGGCCUCCGGACUCUGCCGGAUCGACACCUUCCGGCUCACAGCUGGCCGAAAUGGAAAAGAAGAAGAAAAAUCUGGCCAGCUGCGUGAUUCAAUUCCUAAUGCCGUACUAUCGCGAAGAGAAGAUAGUUUCGAAAGAGUUGUUUAAAGGGCUAGCAAGGAAAAUUUCUCACAAAUUCUACGAAGCCGAUGUAACCGCCGAGCGAAAAGUGAAAAAGUACAUCGACGACAUGAUGGCUCACAAAGGAAUCAUUGCAAGCGAGGCCGAUUUUCCUAAAUAGAAGCGAAGCAAAACGCGCAUUUGCGCGUUUCGAACAAGACCGCGCAGGAGGAUG